AUGUCCAAGACACAAGUGCACACGUACCACUGCCUCUGCACAGAACUCGUGCUGGCAACAUACGCACCACUCCAAUCUCUGCCCAAGCGCAAAGCAGACCACGCAGCAAUCUGCAAACUCGCCGGUUCAGAUCUGCCCAUCCCAGGCGGCGUAGUUCUCUCCGGAUCAUCCUUCGAUGAUGCAGAGCCCAUUGUUCUGAACCUCGAAGAUGGGUUUGAGAAGCGGUACGCUGCGCGAUGUAAGAGGUGCGAUCUUCAGAUCGGGUAUUGGUUGGACAAGAGCCAGUUCGAGCCGGAGCAGAAGGGCAGGAGGACGGAUGUGAUGUACUUGCUGCCCGGUGGGUUGAUGAGCACGGAGGAGAUGAAGGAGAAGAAGGAUAUGGGGAAGGAGGUUGAGAUGGCUGGGGCUGCUGGGGGUUGA